AUGAAGCAGAACUUCGAGUUUGUGGUGAAGAAGUCAGCUUGGAGAUGCCGAGAGAAGACUAUUUCUUAUGUCAGAGGGACACUGGAAGCAUCCUACCAGAAGUUACCAUCGUACUUGUUCAUGCUUCAACAGAAAAAUCCUGGGACGUUGACAGAUUUUGUCACUGAGGAAGAUCGAUUCAAAUAUUGUUUUUUCUCACUCGGAGUUAGUAGAAGAGGAUUUCGUACAUGUCGGCAUGUGUUAUGUGUGGACGACACUUUUUUAAAGACAAAAUACGGUGGGCAGAUGUUAUGUGCAGUCGCGUUAGAUGCAAAUAACCAUCUAUAUUCAGUUGCAUUUGUUAUUGUGGAUAGUGAGAAUCAUGAUUUUUGGAAGUAUUUCAUGUCAAAGCUAAAGGAAGCGAUUGGGGAAGUCGAGGACCUGGCGUUUGUAUCUGACAGUUAUGCAAGUAGUACACAUGCCUUGGAAACUAUUUUCCCCGAUGCUUAUCACGGUGCUUGCUACCACCACAUUAGUAUGAAUGUGGUUGCUAAAUUCAAGAUUGAUCAUUGUCAUGUGUUGAUGAGAGAAACUAGCAAGAAGACAACUACAACUCUUGCACCGACCUAUGAGAAAAAUUUGGUGGAUAUGGCUGAGAAAGCUCAAUUCUUGAUUCCUUAUGCAAUAGGGAGGCAUGAGUUCCAUGUGUUAGAUGGUGAGCUGAAUGGUGAAGUCGACCUCCUGAAUAAGACAUGUACAUGUGGCGUGUUUCAGAUUAUUGGUAUCCCAUGUGCUCAUGCACUAUCUGGAUCCCUUAAGCGAGGGGUGAACUUUUAUUCGUUAUGUUCAGAUUACUAUAAAAUUGAGACAUGGAGGUCCUGUUACACAGAAUCUAUAUAUCCUACUGGUAAUGAGGAAGAGUUGAUUGUUCCACAUGACAUUAUAACAAUAAAAGUGAGAACACCUGCGCAGAAAAACCCGGUUGGUCGUUCAAAGAAGAAACAAGGUAGGCCUAAGACGAAACGCCAUCCUUCCAAUGGAGAUAAAUUGGUUGUAUAA